AUGCAGCUUCCAUUAUUCACAUGCGCGGUCUUGCCGCUGCUUGUACAACUUGGUUCAGCUACUGGAGCCCCCAGUAGCCGAAUCAUCAAGAACUUCAAGAGGCACACAGGGUCAGGCCCCUCAACAAAUUCCAGUCGGAAUGUGUACCAAACAGGGUUUGACGGUGUGACCUGGGACGAGGACAACUGGCUACUUAGUACGACCAACUUAGAGCAAGGUCGCUAUGAAUCUCGAGGGUCCGUGGCCAAUGGAUACUUGGGUAUCAAUGUGGCCAGUGCUGGGCCAUUCUUUGAGGUCGACAGUCCUGAGGACACCAACGGCUGGCCCUUGUUCUCUACCCGCCAGUCAUUUGCUACCAUCAGUGGAUUCUUUGAUUCCCAGCCCACCACCAAUGGGAGCAACUUCCCCUGGCUCUCGCAAUACGGAGACGAUAGCGUCAUCAGCGGUGUCCCCCACUGGGCUGGACUAGUUUUGGAUCUUGGUGAUGACACUUAUUUGGAUGCAAAGGUUGACAACAAGACCAUUUCUGAAUUCCGAACAACAUACGACUUCCAAGCAGGUGUCUUGGUUUGGUCAUAUAAGUGGACACCCGAGGGCGACAAGGGGUCAUACCAGAUCACUUACCGACUCUUUGCCCACAAGUUGUAUGUGAACCAAGCUAUCGUUGACUUGGAGAUUGUCCCAUCCAAGGAAACGAAGGCGAAGGUCGUCAAUGUCAUCGACGGAGCAUCUGCAGUGCGCACCGACUUUGUGGAAACCGGACAGGACAAUGGGGCCAUUUUCUCAGCUGUCCGACCGAAUGGAAUUGCUAAUGUGACGGCUUACAUCUACGCGAAUAUCACUGCCUCGUCAAACGUGGAUCUCUCUUCUCGCAAGAUUGUCGAGAACAAGCCGUACAUCCAUGCUAACGAAUCGUCCAUUGCCCAGGCUGUGGAUGUCGAGUUCAAGCCAGGACAGGUCGUUCGUGUUACCAAAUUUGUUGGAGGUGCCUCAACAGAUGCUUUCAAGAACCCGAAAGAAGUGGCUAAGAAUGCCGCUUCCACGGCAAUGAAGAACGGUUUCGCCAAGUCUCUUCGAUCCCACAUCCUGGAAUGGGCAAGCGUUAUGCCUGAAAGCUCCGUUGAUCACUUCGCUUUUCCCAAUGGAACUCUCCCGGCCGAUAGCAAUAUUAUUGACUAUGCCGUGAUAUCUGUGGCCAAUACUUAUUACUUGGUGCAGAAUACCGUUGGCAAGAAUGCGAUCAAUGAAACAAAUGGAGCCGCAGUCAAUGUUGACAGCAUCUCAGUUGGUGGUUUAACGUCCGAUUCAUACGGUGGCCAGGUCUUCUGGGAUGCGGAUGUAUGGAUGCAGCCCGGCCUGGUUCCCUCUCAUCCCGAGGCAGCCGAACGGUUCACCAAUUACCGCGUGGAGAGAUAUGCCCAGGCAAAGGAGAACAUAAAAACCUCAUUCACAGGCUCACAGAACCAGACCCGCUUCAGUGACUCGGCUGCCAUCUUCCCCUGGACAAGUGGCCGUUUCGGUAACUGCACAGCAACUGGCGCCUGUUGGGACUAUCAGUAUCAUCUGAAUGGUGAUAUUGGAAUCUCCCUUGUCAACCAGUGGGUGGCUAGUGGAAACACCAAACUCUUUGAGGAGGAGCACUUCCCAAUCUACGACUCCGCCGCCACCCUCUAUGCCGACCUGUUGGUUCGAAAUGGUUCCUACUGGACCAUGAAGAACAUGACCGACCCUGACGAAUAUGCAAACCAUGUCGAUGCGGGUGGCUUCACGAUGCCAGUAGUUGCUGAAACCCUUCGACAUGCUAACUCCUUCCGACAACAGUUCGGGCUUGAAGAGAAUUCAACUUGGGAUGAUAUGGCCGACAAAGUAUUGGUUCUUCGCGAAAACGAUGUGACCCUUGAGUACACUACCAUGAAUGGAAGUGCCGUGGUUAAGCAAGCCGAUGUUGUGAUGGUCACAUUCCCUCUUGGCUACACCUCCAACUAUAGUACACAGAACUCCCUGGAUGAUCUGGAAUACUAUGCUGCCAAGCAGUCGGCAGAUGGCCCUGCCAUGACAUGGGCUAUCUUCUCAGUCGUGGCGAACGAGAUGGCUCCUUCUGGCUGCUCUGCGUACACCUAUGGCCAGUAUUCCUUUGCACCAUACACACGUGCGCCUUUCUUCCAAAUGUCGGAGCAGAUGGUGGACAACACCACCAUCAACGGAGGCACACACCCGGCUUAUCCAUUCCUCACUGGUCAUGGUGGUGCCAACCAGGUUGCCAUUUAUGGGUACCUUGGUCUGCGACUGCGGCCCGAUGAUAUCCUCCAUGUCGACCCUAAUCUGCCCCCUCAGAUUCCAUACUUGAAGUAUCGCACCUUCUACUGGCGCGGAUGGCCUAUCUCGGCGUGGUCUAACUACACCCACACGACCAUCAGCCAUGCCACUGGUACCCCACCUUUGGAUACUGCCGACCAAAGAUUCGCCAACAAGACAAUCACCAUUCACUCCGGUCCUGAGACUGAUGCUAUCACCUACCACCUGCCAUUGAAGGGGUCCGUUGUCAUUCCCAACCGCCAGAGCGGCACAGAGAACACCGUCGCCGGAAACCUUGUCCAAUGUCACCCGGUCACCUCUACCAAUGCAUUCGAACCCGGCCAGUUCCCGAUAUCCGCAGUGGAUGGCGCGUCUUCCACCAAAUGGCAGCCGGAAUUAGCCUCCGAUCUGAGCGCCGUGACAGUGUCAUUUGAGGAAGAGGCUGGCGCCUUGGUCUCAGGCUUCUACUUCGACUGGGCUCAGGCACCCCCUGUUAAUGCCACCGUGAUCUUCCACAACACAACUCUCCAAGAUCCGGCCAAGGCUCUUUCUUCUCAGAGCUCCGAUUACAGAAUCGUUCAUGCUCUGACCAACAUCACUCAAUCAGACCCAUACGAUUCCGAGACCACCAAUCUCGAUAUCAUUUCCAUUCCCACUGGCAACACCACCAACAUCACUCUGACUUCACCUGUACCCGCCGCCCGAUAUGCAUCACUGCUUAUCGUCGGAAACCAGGCUCUUGACUCUGUCGACGUUGAUGCCAAGAAUGGAACUGGAGCUACAGUUGCUGAAUGGACUAUCCUUGGUAAUGAGAAGAAGGGUAAUUCAUCCACCAAGAGAAAGAUGAGUGUUCGUGCUGCGGCUUCCAGUAUGAGCUCUUUCGCCCGUCGUCGCCACCUCCUCAACCCUCACCUUUAG